CCGGCGAGCGGGUGGCGGCGGAGCGCUGCUGGCGGUGCCGGCCGUGCCCGGCAGCGCUGGGUCGCUUCUGCGUCCUGCGGCACGGCACAGCGCGACAGCGGGGCCCCGCGGGCGGCAGGCAGGCUGGGAAUGGAGUGCAUAGUUUGGAUGUCAGCAGUGGGACAUCUUACCAAACAAAGCAUCCAUGGGACCAUUGUCUAAUCAUUGACUUCUAAGUGCAGGAUCUGUUAGACUGGAAACAAGUGUUGCAAGAUGCCAAGUGAAGUGCUUGAAAGCAGUAGUGAGCUAGAGGAGACAGUACAGAAGGAGAGCAAAUCUGGAAGCCAGAGCCCUCACCGUGGCUCCAUGAGAAGAGCUGUGGGAACCACUGUCACCUUUGACGGGGAAGCCACUGUGGACCGGAGGAAAAAGAAGAAGAAAGAGUCUCGUCCCGAGUCAAUAAUCGUGUAUCGGUCGGAGAAUGAGAAUAAGGUGGAAGAGGAACAGGCAGAUGAAGAAGGAGGGGAGAAGAGCUCUGAGGAAGGCUCCAAGUUCCUGGGUCAGUCCAUGGCAGAUGGUGUCUGGAACACACCUUCAGACAGCCGAUACGUCACCUUGACUGGAACAAUCACCAGGGGAAAGAAGAAGGGUCAGAUGGUGGAUAUCCAUGUCACACUAACGGACAAAGAGCUGCAAGAACUGGCUAAGUCAAAGGAGCCUCCUAAAGAGGACGUACCUGAGAAGAAGAAGAAAUGUAAUAUUGGGCUGGACAGAGGACCCCAUAUUGUCCUCUGGACCAUCAUCUGCCUCCCCAUCAUUUUUGUAGUGUCCUUUGUGGUUUCAUUCUACUAUGGAACCAUUACAUGGUACAACAUCUUCUUGGUGUACAAUGAAGAGAGGACCUUCUGGCACAAAAUCACCUUUUGUCCUUUUUUGAUCAUCUUCUACCCAUUUAUAAUUGUGGUGGUGUCUUUUUCCCUAGGCCUGUACUCAGCUGUGGUCCAGGUGGCGUGGUCUUUUGGGUACUGGUGGCAUGCUGUCAGGGAUAUGGAGAAAGGCUUCUGUGGUUGGCUUUGCAGCAAGCUGGGUUUGGAAGAUUGUUCUCCAUACAGUAUUGUUGAGCUGCUGGAUUCUGACAAUAUCUCAGGUAGUCUCUCUGGCAAGGGCUCUGCACAGGGCAUGGAGACCUCAGCAGUCUGAGCCUUCGUCCUGGCUGUUUUGGUCAUAUGUGAGUGGUUUUCACCUAGAAAGUAACAUGCUGAUUUUUUUAAAUCUACAUAAAUAUAUAUUUAAACACAAACUUAAUGAAUAAAAUAUUGGGCUGGGAGUGCUCUUUCAAUGUCACAGAAUGCAAGUGUGCUAGCUUCAUGUGGUCUGGGUAGGGAGGUGCAUGGCUCUCCAAAGUUUUGUCAUCUGUUUUACCUAAUCAUAACUUCUGGGAAUGGUGAGAAAAUGCAAGUCUGGGGUCUCAGCCUGUUUGUGGAGUGGCAGAGACACAUGCUGAAAAGUCCCCUUCUGUAACUUUGUUAGACUUUGCUUUUCAGGAGUAAGGCACAGCAGUAACCCACUGACCCAGUGAAAAGAAGUCUCUGCUCAGGGAAUGCACAUCAGGAGGCAGGGACCCGUUCAGAGAUGAAGGCUAAAUUCCAGUAUGUCUGAUGUUCCUUCAGUUUCCCCAGAAAGGGUCCAUUUCCAAGUCUGUCUACAGUCUAAGCACUUAGACACUGUCAGAGUUUGACAGACAAGUGGAAGAGUUGUGCCCAGCCUUUCACUGGGAGAGGGCAGCAUAGCCUCCAACAAAGGCAGACGAGCUCUGCGCUGAACUGAAAUGCUUCUAUAUCACAUGAUAGAAGACUUAAGCCUUGCUCUGUAAUGUGCUGCAUGGGGACCUGACAGGCCUGUGACCAAGCACCCUCAGGUGACUGUAGGUGCACAGAUAGGUGCUAGGGACAGACUUGCAUAGGAAGGAACAGGCUAUGGGAAUUGUACCCAGUGUGAAGUGCAAACAGUUGCAUUAUAGGGAAGAAACACAUGCUCUGAGGAAGGAUGAUCCUUUUGCAUGUCACUGCAAUGCAGGUGUAGACCAGCAGCUCUUGUAUUUAGGGACAUGGAGCUGAAGAUGCUUGGGGUGGAAAGUCUCUUUCUGGUUUUCAAGUUGCACUCACAGAAGGGCUGCUGAACCUUCCCUUUGAGAACAGGGGCAUCCCUGGCCCCGUCUGUUAGUGCCACUGCAAACUGCAUUAGUGCCUCAGCUCUGGAAAUCUGCAUCCCACACACACUUCCUGGUUAAUUAUAUGAAAGAGCAAUGGAUUAUACAUCCUCCUCCCCUCAUGUCUCAUUUUCAUAAUUGGUUUCCCUCCUUUUGGGAUGUUGUAUGGCAUCUUAGUGGGCUCCCAGACCAGGCUGAGGUGGCCACCAUAGGCUGGAGAGAUUUUAAUUGUCUCUUUUAAAACAUUACUAGCAGAAAAGUUCUUUCCUGGGUUGACUGUUGGGGCUUUGGCCUAAGGAGGACAUAAGGAAAAUAAAAGAGAGGUAUAAUGAGCUCUAAUGGGGGCUGAGUUAUACAUCUGAAACAUGAUGAGUUUUCUGAGUGCCCCACAAUUUCAGCUGAUGCUGCUAGAAAGUCUGGCUCAGCCCCAACCCGGAGGAGUCCCUUAUCUGCAUGCUGUGGGUAGGUAAUUGGUAGCGUGCAGCCAGUUGGGCUGCGCAGUCACAUGUGUCUGUAGGAGCAUUGCACCUCCCCAGUCUCCCUACUGCAGGGGGAGCUGCUCUAUUUUUAGGGUAGAUAAGAGAAGAUUUCAGAAGCUGGAUUUCACAGGAACUACUGCUUUGUGCUGCAUUUCAAGGAUGAAAUCAAGACUACCUGUUUAGGGCAUCAGUUAACCAGGGACAAACAAAUCCAUCCUAUCCUCUAGGCCUGACGAUGAAAAAUAAGUGAAGUCCCUACAGCAUCCUUAGUCUGUCUCCUUCUUGGAUGUCCAGCAAAGGCAGCCUCUGAGUGCUGACGUGAGAAUUAGCAGUUUGGGUAGUGUACAAGUCAAAUACCAAGAGCAGGCAUGGCCUCAGACUUCACUGACAAAGCAGAGGUGUUCCCUGGGCACAGGUGCAGCCAGGCUGUGCUGUUUCCUGGUGCUCAGCUUUCAGUUUUUGCUGGCUAAAACUUUAAAGAUAACAACAAGCUUCCAGGAAAACAAGCAAACAAACCCAGUAAAAUACAUCCCAACCGGUGAGGCAGUGGCAGGUAACAGACUGGAGUUCAAAGAGCCUGACGUACACCAGGGGCCAGUAUAAGCAGUGCAAUGCCUUUCGCAGGGCCGUUUCAAUCAGAGCUUGAUAUGCUUCUGGAUUCAUGGGGAAGCUGAGGAAGUCAGGCCAGUGCUGGCAGUCUGUAGCUACCCAGCACAGCCGUUCUGCUGAAUGCUCCUCUGCAUGGAAGCUGGAGGGCAGGAAGAAGUGAUGCUUAAGAAGCAUUAACGGGAAAGCAGCCCUGCUGGCAAACGUGCUCACGCUUUGCCCGGAGGGACACUGCUGGCACGAAAGCAGUGCAUUGUGUAUCUCGGCCCCAGCACGCAGCAAACCCGUGGCUUCGGGGGAAGGAUGGCUGGCCAGUGUGCACUGCUGCAGAGGGAGAAAACCCAAUUCAGCAGUCACUGCUGUGCAGCAGCUGUUAAAGCUGAUCGUCUGAUAGGCUGGGGUCAGCCACACAAUGAGCCUUCAGCUUGCAGAGGGCUCGAAUGAUAAAUACGAGCUCCUUACAGAAUACAACUGUGUGAAAUGUCUGCUGAGCUGCAGGACUUGCUUUCAGGACUGCAAACAGCCUGCUAGAGUAGAGACAAAACUCAAUCUGCCUCUUAGUGCUACAGAGACAGAAAGGAGCAUCAGAAAAGUCAAAGUAUCCUCCCCCUGCCAUGGCAGCUUUGCUUCUGGGUUUGGAGGCCAUCUUUUGAGGGAUUUAUGGGAACAAUCCAAUCCGUGGUUUUUACUUCUUUAUAUUUAACCAGGCUUGCCUCUGCUCCUACUGUCAGGCUGUUCUGCCUUGAUUUUGGUGGGGGCUGGUUUAAGCUUGGGGUUAGUUCUGGUGCUACUUGUAAAAGUUCUAUUCAAACUUUUCACAGAAAAUUCUGGAUAGUUUUCUCUCUUGUCUGUUAUCCCUUGGAGCAGUUUACUGGCUGCAAAAAUAUGUAAUCAUUAUCAACUGUCAUAAGAGAAAUAAAGCACAAUGUUUUGUCUUGUUACACCCUUGCUUUCAGACACUCAAAAGUACUUUCUGCUUAUGUGCCAUUGUCAACCUGAGGGAACUCCAGUUAUUCUGUUGAAUGUGGCUUUGGCUGCUCUAGUCUGGAUGUGGUUUUACUUUAAAGUAAAGACAGCAUGUCUUUGGAGAUUGUUAUUUUGAAUUGCAUUCCCUUUUUCCACCCUUGCUGGCCUGUAUGGAGAAUAAAGAUGUACAUGGCUUUUGAA